GUUUCAAUCAGUUCAGAAUGACCUACAAUAUGAAUGAGUCUGAAAAGACUUUGCAAGAGCUGCAUGGAUUGUUGGUCAAUGCUGAAAGGAACAUCCCUAAGGUUGAACCAAAGAAAGAGGUUCUGUUGGUUCAAAAGGGAAAGGGUUUCAAAAAGAAAUGGGCAGGAAAGAAGGACAAAGGCAAGCAAGUUGCCACUGUCGCUGAAAAACCUAAGCCAACCGCCAAGCCCAAGGUUGCUGCGGAAAGCAAGUGCUUCCACUGUCACAAGAUUGGACACUGGAAGAGGAACUGCCCGAUAUACUUGGAGGAAAUAAAGAAGUCUGGGGCUUCUACUUCAGGGACUAAAAAGAAGUAGGAAGUUGGCAAAAGGCGAGGUAGAGCUACGCGUUGGAAAUGGAGCACGAGUUGCUGCACUUGCCGUCGGGAGCUAUAGUCUACACUUGCCAUCUGGGCUUAUUUUAGAAUUAAAUAAUUGUUAUUUCGUUCCUACAAUAACUAAGAACAUAAUUUCGGUUUCAGUUUUGGAUUCUGAAGGUUUUUGCUUUGAAAUAAAGAACAAAUGUUGUUCCAUUUCUUACAAUAAUAUGUUCUAUGCCAGAGCUAAUUUGAUAAA